AUGCAUAUUGUUAAAGCGUUGCCUUUCAUUGUUUUUCUUGCGAUUUGUAGCCGAGCAGCAAAUACUCAGGUAGAUGACUACUGGGAUGCUGAAAAAGAUUGGACGUCACAUUUUGGGCCAUGCAGGUCUCAUUUUAUGUUCAAAUUUUCGCCAUGUGAGCCGAAAACAAAAAUGUUGGCAUGCUGUCGGCGCUUCAAUCCCUUUGUGCUCUUUCUUCUUAUGGUCCUCAGUUUAACGGCUAUAGCUACCGUACCGAUACUGAUGCUAUGCUGCAUUUGUCCACCAUGGCGUGUACUAUGCGAAUGUUGCUUGUGUUGUCGUUGCUGUGCCAUCGAUGAAAAUGGCAAUUUUAUUUAUUUUUUGGAAGAUGAAGAGAAAACAACUGAGGAUUUCGGUAUUAAGACAGAGGAACAAAAUUCCAUUAGAAGCAGAAUGGAAACGAUAUCCAAAAAAUAA